AUGGUUCUUCAAAAUAGGAUCACCUUCAACAACAACCCUAACCACAACCCUAACCACAACCCUAACCACAACCCCAACCACAACCCUAACCACAACCCUAACCACAUUGACAUACCUAACCACAACCCUAACAACAACCCUAACCACAACCCUAACCACAACCCCAACCACAACCCUAACCACAACCCUAACCACAUACCUAACUACAACCCUAACCACAUACCUAACCACAACCCUAACCACAACCCUAACCACAACCCUAACCACAACCUUAACCACAAAGCUAACCACAACCCUAAAACCACAACCCUAACCACAACCCUAACCACAACCCUAACCACAUACCUAACCACAACCCUAACCACAACCCUAACCACAACCCUAACCACAACCCUAACCACAACCCUAACCACAAUCCAAUUUGCGUUUUACUAG